CACGUCCCUCCCGCUGCUGACAAUCGAUGCGGCCAAACAACUGGGUCCCCUCCCGCCGCCAUGGGUCAAUUCCCGAUCUUGCAGCCCAGGCCCUUUAGCCCGGAAUGCUCCCCAUGUCUUCCUAUCUAUCAAUAUAAAUACUGGACUUGGCCUUUUCACAAAACUAUCGUCUGACUUCCACCCUCUUGGUCGGAUUUACCAAGAAUCGAGCAGGGCGUCGAUUCUUUUUCUCUAUCAUUUAUAUAAUGUCUCGCUAUACAAAUCCCUUGUACCCCAAGGAUGAUCGUUCCUUGUUUACUACAUCGACAGCCGGCCAGGACAUGUCGAUAAACACCACCUCGGAGAACUAUCUACCUCCAAGUGUUCCUGCUCAUCAUCUCGAGAACAUACUCUCUUCCCGAUACCCUCAACCUGAUCUAGCGAUGCACUACCCAGUCCACACCACAGGGCUAGGGUAUCCUGGUAAUGCCUCUGCUUUCAACCCACCCCAACAAGGCCCAUUCCUUGGACCUGCUGAAUACAUAAACACCACGGUACCUAUCCUAGAAAGCAAUCCUAGCAACGUCGUCGCUCUUCAUGGGGACUACACCCACGGCAUCCCCUCAGGCCCCGGGAUCAUUCCAUCCUUUCAAAAUAGACAGGCACUUAUCGUGGAAAUUCCGAGGGAAGAAACCCAUGACCUUCGCUGUGGAUGGAAAGACUGCCCUACCAAAUCACCCUUCAGCAGAUGGGAAGACCUAAGCAGACACAUCAAGACCAUCCAUGUCUUUCCCCAAUUUUAUGUUUGUCCUUUUUGCGAUAAAUCCUUCAAUCGGAAGGAUAAUCUCCACGAACAUAUGUCGCGGCCUCACUGGAGAGUAUAGGUGACGAUUGUUCAUCCUCUUCUCUCUUCUCUCUUCUCUGUUCUAUUCUUCCUUGCUUCCUUCCUUUCUUACUUAAUUUGUUGUUGAUUAAUCUCGAGCAGGAGACAUCGAGGGUGCUUCAUCAGGGCGUUGGUAUAUAUAUUUCGGGAUUCUUUUUGUUUAUUGACGUAUUCUCUUUAUGAUAUCAUGAUUUUGUGUUUCAAACAUCAGGUUAAUACAGGCUGCGGUUAUUGGGUGGAAAUGUAUCGGGAAAUCUGUUUAUUAUUUGAUGUUAUGGC